AAACUUGCGAGCACCGUGAGUUGCACAGUCUUUCAAUCGUACUGCUAUGAUCCGGUUUAUCUGAACUUGAUGAGACAACAAUGCCGCAAGACCUGUGGAUUUUGCCCAGAAACUUGCAAUGACACAAAAACCAAUUGUGCGAGCAGUUUGAGUUAUUGCCAUGACGCUUCAUAUCGAAACUUUUUGGGGAAUGCUUGCCGUCGUAGCUGCAUGUUCUGCGGACGUAACAAAUCACUUUUGGCAUAUGAAAACCUCAUAAACGUCAAAUGCUCGAAAACAUGCGGAAGAUUCAACUGUUAUUUAUGCCUAACAGUUCGAAAUUUUGCAGUAACUUCGCAAAAUACUUGUGCGCUGUGUGAAAAUAACUUCUGA